UAUAUAUACACACACACACACACUCCCAAGUUAUUUACACCCAAGGAGUGGGAUGCAGCUUUAACACAGCAGCUCAGUCUUAUACCUGUCUGCUCAGAGGAAAGCCUACUAGUUUUUAUUGGGGGCAGAUUCCUAGGUAAGCAAGUACAGGGAGCCAUCCUUCUCCAUGGAUUCAUUAUCUGCGGAUUGAAGCAUCCACAGCUCGAAGAUGGUAAAAUACAUAUACACAUUCCAAAUAGCAAAGUUUGAUUUUGCCAUUUUAUAUAAGGAACACCAUUUUACUUUCCAUUAUAUUUAAUGAGACUUGAGCAUCCACAGAUUUUGGUAUCCACAGGGGUCCUGGAACCAAACCCCAGUGGAUACCAAGGACUCAAUGUAUGAGAAUUUCACCCUAUUUUGGCAGCCACUACAGGAGGUAAAAAACAAAUAGAUGAUUUACUUUUCCUUGUUAUUUUUAAGUACUUGUUUGUAUAAGUGGGCGAGCUCAUAUAAUCUGAGACAGUGAAUGUGAGCAUGUGUUCGGAGGCAGGAUUUGGUGACUGUGGCUAGACCUAAAUCUUCAUGGUGUGGCGCUUGUGGCUGUUAUCUUCUCAUGCUGUGUAAAAGGUUUGACCCAACAGUUAAUGGUUGGGUAGCUUUUUUUAAAAGUACGUAAAGGUUGCUCGGACUGCAAAGCCAAAAAACUGGCUGGAGGAAAGAGGUCGAGAAAAAUAUCACCUACUAGAAGUGGGAAGUGCGCAACCAUGCAGCUGAGCUUUGAGCCGCAGUUGUGGUUUUGGGCAUAAAUAACAAGGAUCAGUGAAUGAUCCAUAUUUGCAGCCUGUGAAACUGGUGUUAUUGCCUAUGAAGAAGUGUCAGGAUUGAUGAGGGAGGCUCCAUAGCCAUGGGGACCGCUUCCUCCUUGGUAAGCCCCAUAGGCACUGUUGGGGAGGUGAUUGAGGACACCUAUGAAGGUGGUGGUGGUGAGGCCUGUGAGAUCCCUGUGGAGGUGAAGCCCAAAGCUCGCCUCCUGCGCAGUUCCUUCCGUCGGGUGGGUACGUCGCGGCCUGGAGGCCUUAUCGGCGCCAGCUUCAAAUCCACGGCCUCGGUACAAGAACUGGAGUGUAUGGCAGAAUAUGAACGUCUGAGAAAAGAGUAUGAGAUCUUCCGCAUCAGCAAGAACAACGAGGUGGCAUCGAUGAUGAAGAAAGAGGCCAAGAUGGACAAGGAGAACAAGCGCUUACGGGCGGAGCUACAGGCACUCCAGAAAACAUAUCAAAAAAUACUCAGAGAGAAAGAAAGUGCUCUGGAAGCUAAGUACCAAGCUAUGGAGAGAGCUGCCACAUUUGAACACGAUCGGGACAAAGUCAAAAGACAGUUCAAGAUUUUUAGAGAAACUAAGGAAAAUGAAAUUCAGGAUUUACUGAGGGCCAAGCGAGACUUGGAGGCAAAAUUGCAGAGACUACAAGCUCAAGGUAUCCAGGUAUUUGAUCCUGAAGAAUCAGAUUCGGAUGACAGCUGUACAGAGGGCACUGCCACUGGUGUUCAGACUGAAUACUGGCCUGGUGGAGUGUUGGGCAGUGAACCAUCCAUGGGCAGUAUGAUGCACCUCCAGCAGUCUUCAGGGCCCGAUUUUGCACACAGUUCCCAUAGUGUGGAAGGGCCAUUUGCAAAUCAACAGGAUGAUUGGGAUACAGCUGUUGCCAGUUUGCUUGCAGUGACUCCAUUGUUUUCCCACUCUUUAUGAGAACCAGUAAGGAUAUAUCUUAUAAACACAGAGGAAACUCAAGGAGAAGUGGACCAUUUUCAUACAAAAUACUCACCAAAACUUCAGAAAUAUUGUGAAACAAUGGAAUACUUUUUCCAAGUCGUCCAUUUUGCAGUAGAAACUGAAAGUCCUUUCCAAGCUGUAAGGAAAUGGGAAAUUGAGAAGAGUUCUUUAGCCAUUUUAUUUAUACAUCUAAAUUUACCAAGUUGUAUUCUGGAUGAGUGUGAAGAAGUCUUUUUGAAGAAUCCUGAAGGGAAGCCUCGGCUUAUUUACCACCGGCUGGAAGAGGGCCAGAUCAGUUCGGAUUCUGUAAAGCAGUUAGUCGAGCAAGUUCAUUUUGUGAACAAAGCAAAGAUUAUAAACCAUACAGGAGGAUUAGAGGAAGGAGCAUAUGAAGUCUACAAUUAUGUGGAAAAUACCAUCAAACAGGAUAUAUUAGGUUGUGAAAUUACACAGCUAGAAAAGAAAGAUGUAACAGAUAAUAGUGACUCCUCUGUUCCUGAAGAAGAAAUUUUGGGGGAUGUCCUGUGGGAUGCUCAUGAUGAACAAGAACAGAUGGAGGCUUUCCAACAAGCAUCCAAUUCCACUUGUGAGCUAGGAUUUGAGAAGUAUUACGAAUGUCUAAAUGACCUGGUGGCAGCCCCAGCACCAAUUCCCCCACUUCUUGUUUCUGGAGGACCAGGGUCUGGGAAAUCUCUCCUUCUGUCAAAAUGGAUUCAGUUACAACAGAAGCAUUCACCAAAUACACUCAUUCUGUAUCAUUUUGUUGGAAAACCUCUGUCGAGCAGUUCGGAACCUGCACUGAUCCUCAAACGUCUCACUUUAAAGCUUAUGCAGCAUUCUUGGUCAAUCUCACCUUUGACACUGGAUCCGACUAAGCUAUUGGAAGAAUUUCCUCGUUGGCUAGAGAAGCUUUCUGCCCAUCACCAAGGUGGUGUUAUAAUAAUAAUUGACUCUAUUGAUCGAAUCCAGCAAGCCGAAAAACACAUGAAGUGGCUAAUAGAUCCUCUGCCAGUGAACGUAAGGGUCAUAGUAUCUGUGAACGUUGAAACUUGUCCUCAAGCAUGGAGGUUGUGGCCAACUCUACACCUUGAUCCAUUAAAUGCUAAAGAUGUGAAAUCUCUCAUUAAUGAAGAGUGCAGGUGUGCAGACCUGAAGCUGACUAAAGAACAGGAGAAGAAGCUUGACAAACACAGUCAUUCUACUACAACUUGCAAUGCCUUAUAUGUCACACUUUUGGGCAGAAUGAUGGCUGGUGCUGGGAGCAGCGAAAAUAUCGAUGUAGUUCUUCAAAAGUGUUUCCAGUGCCAAGAUAUGGUGUCACUGUACAAGCUGCUUCUGAGAUCAAUUGAAGAAUCUUUGAAAAGUGACAAAGACAAAGACUUAAUGAAAGAGAUUCUCUGCCUCAUUAGUGUCAGCCACAAUGGAGUCAGUGAGUCAGAACUGAUGGAACUCUGUCCUGAACUGUCUUGGGAAUUGUUGGCCUCCUUAGUCUACAGCUUACACAAGAUGUGUUUUUUGACCUACGGCUGUGGCUUGUUAAAGUUUCGGCACCUCCAGGCUUUGGAAACAGUGAAACUGGAAUACAUGGAAGAUCAGAAGACUUUGGCUGCUUCCAGAGAAAAACUGAUACAGUACUUCAGCAUGCAAUUAAGUGAAGAGAGAGUGACUUGGCGGAGUGCAGAUGAACUCCCCUGGUUGUUCCAGCAACAUGGUGACAAACCGAAAUUACACAAGUGCCUGCUGAAUCUCUUUGUAUCUCAAAACCUGUAUAAAAGGGGACAUUUUGCAGAACUACUGAGCUAUUGGCAACUUCUUGGCAAAGAUAAGAGCUCCAUGGCAGCAGAAUAUUUCAGCUCUCUGAAGCUCUAUGAAAAAAGCUGUGAUGGAGAGGAAAGCAUGAUUUUAUUGGCUGAUCUCUAUGAGACUCUGGGGCGAUUUCUUAAAGAUCUAGGUCUUCUCAGUCAGGUUAUUGCUCCUCUGCAGCGCUCCCUGGAGAUUCGAGAGACUGCUCUUGAUCCAGACCAUCCCAGAGUAGCCCAGUCACUCCAUCAGUUAGCAGGGGUUUACAUGCAGUGGAAGAAGUUUGGCAAUGCUGAGCAGUUGUACAAGCAGGCACUUGAAAUAUCUGAAAGUGCUUUUGGAACUGAACAUCUCAGGGUUGCGCGUGAACUGGAUGCACUUGCAACCCUGUACCAGAAGCAGAACAAAUAUGAGCAAGCUGAACAUCUAAGGAAAAAAUCAUUUAGAAUUCAGCAAAAAGCUGCAAGGCGGAAAGGCAGCCUGUAUGGAUUUGCACUUCUUCGCCAACGAACUUUGCAGUUGGAGGAAUUGACUUUGGGUAAAGAUACAUCUGAUAAUGCUCGAACACUUAAUGAGCUUGGAGUUCUCUACUAUCUGCAAAACAAUCUUGAGACAGCAGAACUUUUUCUGAAACGCUCCCUGGAAAUGAGAGAACGGGUUCUUGGGCCUGACCACCCAGACUGUGCCCAGUCUUUGAACAACCUAGCAGCACUGAACAAUGAGAAGAAGAAUUAUGACAAGGCAGAAGAGCUGUAUGAAAGGGCACUAAACAUCAGGAAGAGAGCAUUAGCACCUGACCACCCUUCUUUAGCUUACACUGUGAAACACCUGGCUGUGCUCUACAAGAAGUUGGGAAAGCUUGACAAAGCUGUGCCCCUGUAUGAGUUGGCUGUUGAAAUCAGACAGAAAUCCUUUGGUCCAAAGCAUCCAAGUGUGGCUACUGCUUUGGUAAACCUGGCAGUUCUUUGUUGUCAAAUGAAAAAACACUCUGAAGCCUUGCCUCUUUAUGAAAGGGCUCUGAAAAUUUAUGAAGACAGCUUUGGGCGUAUGCAUCCUCGGGUAGGAGAAACCUUAAAGAAUUUGGCUGUGCUGAGCUAUGAAGGAGGAAAUUUUGAAAAGGCUGCUGAGCUCUAUAAGAGAGCCAUGGAAAUCAAAGAUGCAGAGACUUUGUUGAUGGGUGGAAAGGCAGGUUCCCGUCACUCAUCAAGUGGAGAUACGCUGAGUUUGAAAAGUGUUUUACCUCCCAAUGCGCUCCUGCAGCAUGCACGAAGGUGAUGCACAGUAGAACACAGAGGCCAAGAAGCAAAGGUCUAUCCAGCACCAGUGGAAUCAAAACUUCCUCCAGCUGCAGCCCUCCAUGACUGCAAAAAGACACUUCAAAUGAGUGGAUGAGAGGAGUGAUUACUAGUAUUGGCAAUGGGAUCCAGCUGAAGUACAGCAUUGGAUCAUGCCUUGAAAGUACAGCAACAUAUUCUUCAAAAGUCUGUAAUAAAGUUUCAAAAUAAUAAGGAUUUAAGAGGUGGUGAAAGGUGGACACCGUAUUGAAAAAGAAAUAGAUGGUGGUGGGCCAGAACAUGUGUCUAGAACAGUGUUACCUGGACACACAUUGAACUGUUUUCAGUAUUGCUAAAUAUUGUGUGGCUCUAUCCAGUUUUAAAAGUUGUGUUGCUUAUGACACAUAAAACCUGAAUAUAUGGGGGCUUGUGUCUCGUUGAUUUCAAGAACUGAGCUCUUAGGUACUUGUUUACUGACUUCUAUGCAUUAGACUAUGUGGCCUUAUCUAAAUAUCAUUAAGGUUAAUCUGUAUUUGCACUGUCAGAUAAUUAUAUUCUACCUCUUUCAGAAGUAUUUGGAAUUAGUAGAGCUGUUUGUAUGUACAUCAUAUUUGAUAACCAUGUAUCCCAAAAGAUUUAAGUAUGAUGACCAUGGACUUUUAGGAAUAUUUUCAUUGUAGGAAGUAGUUCUUCCUACUACUGUAGAGAGCUAGUACAAUAAUAGUGGUUUGUUAGGCUACAGCUCUGGAAAACAGGGUUUAAAUCCCAACACAGCCAUGGAAACCCAUUGGAAGACCUUAGACAAGUCACAUUUUCUCAGUCUCAGAAGAAGGCAAAUGUAAAACCCGUCUGAACAAAUCUUGCCAUGAAAACCCUGUGAUAGGUUAGCUUUAGAGUCACCAUAAGUUGAAAACAACUUUAAGGCUGACAACAGCACUAGAAAGUAGUUCUAAAGGAAAUUGGUAGUAAAGGAAAUUGCAUUAAGGGUCUUUAUACUUAAACAGUAAAAAAACAAAAACGAUGUUUCAUGUUCAUCUGUUCUCAGGUGAACAUUUAUAUGUGCAGGCAUUAAGUUCAGAGGCUUUGAUCUCAAUGAGAUUAAUACUUUUUUAUUACUCUUUUAGUCAAAUUUAAUUUUAUUAACAUUUGUGUGGAAUAGUAGAUAUAACUGGGAAGAUUAUAGUGUUUUGAAGAAAUAUUUCAUAAAUGGUACUAUGAAGCCUGGUGUAAUUUUAUUUAAAAAUGUGGAAUGGAAAAACUGCUCUUAGCUACUUUUAGCAUGGUAUCUCAACUGAAAACUAUUUAUUGAAAGUAGAAACUAUGUUCCAAAGCACACUGCAGAAAUUAUCCAGUUUGGGACCGCUUUAACUGCCCUGGCUAAAUGCUA